AUGCUGCUGUCUCCUCAGGCAGAGAAGAACUGCAAGAUUCUGUGUUCAAUGCUUGAAGACGUGCUGGAGGACCAGUCCCACAGGCAGCUGUUUGCCCUAGAGCUGGGCUCUGGAACAGGCCAGCAUGUCAUUCGCUUUGCCCAAAAGAUGCCUUUUGUUACCUGGCAGCCAUCAGACAUCAAAGAAGAGUCCAGGGAGAGUAUUAAGGCAUACAUUGCUGCAACCCAUGCAAAGACUGUGCUGCAACCUGUCCACCUAGAUGCAAGUGAACCUUGGGAGAAAUGGGCAGGCCUUCCUCGCAACUCCUGUGAUGUUAUUAUUGCCAUAAACUUACUGCAGUACAGCUCCUUCAAAACAGCACAGGGAGUUUUUAGUGGAGCAGGUCAGAUCCUGAGGCAGAACGGUCUUUUGUUAACAUAUGGGGCAUAUGCUAUUAAUGGCACAAUCACACCAAGUUGUAACGAACAGCUGGAUGAAGAGCUUCGAAAAAUGAAUCCAGACUGGGGUCUCCCAGAUAUCGAUGUUCUGAGACAACUGGCCUACGGAAAUGGGAUGCGUAUGGAGAGAAUGGUUGAGAUGGAGGAUUACUCCAAAUGCCUUGUAUUUAGAAAACUCUGA